CUCUUUCGAUUUGGAUCAGAAAAACAAAAAAAAGUAAAUUUCUUCGGAAUUUCCAAUAAUCUGUCUCUCUUCUUCUUCUUCUUCGAUCGAAAAUUUGACUUUUUCGAAUUUGAUUUGUAUUAGCUUUCGUUGAGAUCAUCGUCAUCGUCAAUGGCGACCGCUUCAUCUUCAGAAUCUCCGAGCGAAGAAACGCAGACGAAUCAAGAAGCGGCGAUGCAGCAGCAAGAUUUGUUGCCAAAGGAAACUACUAAUACUACUACGGAGGAGGAAGAGAUUUUGUAUAAGACGAAAUCGAUUCAGUUCCUUGGACGAACCACACCUAUCAUUCUCCAGAACGAAAAUGGACCUUGUCCUUUAUUAGCCAUUUGUAAUGUUCUUCUCUUGAGAAACAACUUGAAACUAAAUCCUGACUGUUAUGAGGUUUCUCAAGAGAGAUUGAUGUCCCUCGUGGUCGACAGACUGAUUGAUUCCAAUAGUAAAGUCAAUAACAAAGAUGAAGGAUAUAUUGAGAAUCAGCAACAGAAUAUUGCUGAUGCAAUUGAUCUUCUUCCACGCCUUACUACUGGAAUUGAUGUCAAUAUUAAAUUCAGGAGGAUUGAUGAUUUUGAGUUCACACCUGAGUGUGCGAUAUUUGAUUUACUUGACAUUCCCUUAUAUCAUGGAUGGAUAGUUGAUCCUCAGGAUGUUGAAGCUGCUAAUGCAAUUGGCAGCAAGUCAUAUAAUGCUCUAAUGGGUGAGCUAGUUGCACUGGAAACGCAGAAUGUAGAGGCUCAAGGUGAUCAAAAUCCCGGAGAAGAUUCUGUUGAUUUUGCUGCGGCAACUACUGCAGCUUUAGGGGUUCCUUCACCUUGUCUUUCGAAAACAAGAUCUUUUGAUGAUUCUCCACCUGCGGCUGCAGAGCUUCGCAGAAUGAGAAAGGGGGAUCUUGAAGAAGAAACAGAGUUGUUGCAAGCCUUGCAGUUAUCACAGGGGCAUGGGAAUGAUUCAACUCCAAACACUCACGGAGACUCAACCAAUCAAGACUCUGCGUUCACAUUUUCAGAUGCAAGUCCAACUAGCACCCAUGGUACUAAUAUCAGUCAGCUAGACCAGUUUAAAUCUGAUGAUGAUAAAGCAUCAGAAAAUGAUGGCAAUAUGAUCAAAGUUGGGGAAUUUCAGACACCGAUUACAAUUAAAAGUGAGGAUCUCAACCAUGAUCAAUUAUCUUCGAAGCAAACUGGAGUUGAAACGGCCUGUGAUGUUGAGAACGUGAGUAGCAGCAAAAAGGCCAUUGUCGAUGUAACUUCUUCUGAGGCGCUUUCUGUGGAUAAAGCUAAUCUGGAGUCAACCAAAAUUGAAAGCAGUUCUGAGAGUCUACUCAAGUCUGAUGCAGCUUCUGUUGAUCCAGAUUUUAGUUGCAGAUCCCAGCAUGACGAUGUACCCAAUGCGUUUACCUCACCUGUACCUACCGAUGAACCUAUGUACGAAGGUGAGGAAUGUGUAAACACAGUGGCUCCAGUUUGUGCAGACAAAGAACCUGUUUAUGAAGGUGAGUCACUUCUCGGUAAAAGGGUUGAGAAGGAUGUGGGUGAUUGUUCUUCUGAAGGAAGGGCUACGGAUGGGCUCACAGUAGAAGAAGGUGAACUAAUCAGGAACUUUAUGAAGAAUAGUGCAAGUCAAUUAACCUUUUGUGGACUCUUUCGCUUGCAAGAAGGCCUUAAAGAACGUGAACUCUGUGUUUUUUUCCGCAACAAUCAUUUCUGUACCAUGUUCAAGUAUGAAGGUGAACUUUAUCUUUUGGCUACAGAUCAAGGUUACCUGAAUCAGCCUGAUUUGGUUUGGGAAAAACUAAAUGAGGUUAAUGGCGACACUGCAUUCAUGACUGCUACCUUCAAGGACUUCAAGAUUGACAGCGGCACAGGUGGUGCAAGUGGCACAUGGGAUGAACGAAACGCAGUCACAAAUACUGCUGAUUAUCUUGCCAGCAUCAACAAUGUACCAGACACAGACAUAGAUGUCAACUCUGAUCUGCAACUAGCAAUAGCUUUGCAACAACAAGAGUUCGAGGACCAGAGCCCACGUAGUAACCCAACUCCACAACCAACAAGUGUUGCUACCUCACGAUUGGUCACUGGUCCACAGGUACCAAGGAGCAGCCACAGGCCAUCAUCAGCUGCAUCGUCUGCGUCUUCAAGACACGACGGCAAAUCCCCUAAAGAUAAAGAUAGCAAAUGAGGGUCAAGCCACGGGUUUGGCGAGUGGAUUGACAAGCAAAUUGUGCCGUUUGCUACGAGUAGUGGCUCUUUGAGGGUUGAAUUGUUACAUGGUAACUUAGACAUUUGGGUUAAGGAAGCUAAAAAUCUUCCUAACAUGGAUGGGUUUCAUCACAGACUUGGUGGAAUGUUGUCUGGGUUAGGUCGGAGGAAAAGUAAAGUGGAAGGUGACAAGUCUUCUAAGAUCACAAGUGAUCCUUAUGUUACUGUCUCUAUCUCUGGUGCUGUGAUUGGUAGAACUUUUGUUAUUAGCAAUAGUGAGAAUCCUGAGUGGAUGCAGCAUUUCGAUGUACCGGUGGCUCAUAGUGCUGCUAAAGUUCACUUUGUUGUGAAAGACAGUGAUAUUAUUGGAUCACAGAUCAUGGGAGCUGUUGAAAUCCCAACCGAACAGUUGUGUUCGGGGAAUAGGAUCGAAGGGCUGUUUCCGAUACUUAAUAGUAGUGGGAAGCCUUGUAAACAAGGUGCUGUGUUGAGUUUGUCUAUUCAGUACACUCCAAUGGAAAGAAUGAGACUUUACCAAAAAGGUGUUGGUUUCGGUGUUGAGUGUGUAGGAGUUCCCGGUACAUACUUCCCUUUGAGGAAAGGCGGUAGGGUUACUCUGUAUCAGGAUGCUCAUGUUGAUGACGGUACUCUUCCGAGUGUACAUCUUGAUGGUGGGAUUCAGUAUAGACAUGGGAAGUGUUGGGAGGAUAUGGCUGAUGCAAUAAGACAGGCAAGGAGGUUGAUUUAUAUCACAGGUUGGUCAGUUUUCCAUCCGGUUAGGCUGGUUCGUCGUAACAAUGAUCCAACCGAAGGUACAUUAGGGGAGUUGCUUAAAGUCAAAUCUCAAGAAGGUGUUAGAGUGUUGGUUUUGGUGUGGGAUGAUCCAACUUCAAGGAGUCUUCUGGGAUAUAGAACACAAGGAGUUAUGAACACAAGCGACGAGGAGACUCGCCAUUUUUUCAAGCAUUCGUCAGUGCAAGUUCUCCUUUGUCCCAGAUCUGGGGGAAAAGGUCACAGCUUCAUAAAAAAAUCUGAAGUUGAAACAAUCUACACGCAUCAUCAAAAAACUGUCAUUGUAGAUGCUGAAGCAGCUCAGAACAGACGAAAGAUCGUAGCAUUUGUUGGAGGGUUAGACUUGUGCAAUGGACGAUUUGAUACUCCAAAGCAUCCUCUCUUCAGGACAUUAAAGACACUCCAUAAAGAUGACUUCCAUAACCCAAAUUUUGUGACUACUGCGGAUGAUGGACCAAGAGAACCAUGGCAUGAUCUGCACAGCAAGAUUGAUGGUCCAGCUGCAUAUGAUGUGCUUGCUAAUUUCGAGGAACGCUGGAUGAAGGCUUCAAAACCUCGCGGAAUUGGGAGACUAAAAUCUUCUUCUGAUGAUUCUUUGCUUAGGAUAGACAGAAUUCCGGACAUCAUGGGAUUUUCUGAAGCUUCUUCUGCUAAUGAUAAUGAUCCAGAGUCUUGGCAUGUUCAGGUUUUCCGUUCAAUUGAUUCAAGUUCAGUCAAAGGGUUUCCAAAGGACCCAAAGGAAGCUACUGGAAGAAAUCUUCUAUGUGGGAAGAACAUUCUCAUAGAUAUGAGCAUACAUGCAGCUUACGUUAAGGCCAUACGAUCUGCUCAGCACUUCAUUUACAUUGAGAACCAAUAUUUUCUUGGAUCAUCAUUCAACUGGGAUUCAAACAAAGACUUGGGUGCUAAUAAUCUAAUCCCGAUGGAAAUCGCGCUUAAGAUUGCUAGUAAGAUUAGAGCAAGGGAGAAUUUUGCUGCUUAUAUUGUCAUUCCAAUGUGGCCAGAAGGUGCUCCUACAAGUAACCCUAUUCAGAGAAUUCUCUACUGGCAGCACAAAACCAUGCAAAUGAUGUAUCAAACCAUCUACAAGGCACUUGUGGAAGUUGGUCUUGAUAGCCAGUUUGAGCCACAAGACUUUUUGAACUUUUUCUGUCUUGGAACCAGAGAGGUUCCUGAUGGAACAGUUAGCGUAUAUAAUAGUCCACGGAAGCCACCUCAGCCAAACGCACAGGUGCAAGCUUUAAAGAGUCGGAGAUUCAUGAUAUAUGUUCAUUCCAAAGGUAUGGUAGUGGAUGAUGAGUUUGUCUUAAUUGGUUCCGCGAAUAUCAACCAGAGAUCCUUGGAAGGAACUAGAGACACUGAAAUCGCCAUGGGAGGGUAUCAACCACACCAUUCAUGGGCUAUGAAAGGUUCUCGUCCUCGUGGUCAGAUCUUUGGAUACAGAAUGUCUUUAUGGGCAGAACAUCUAGGGUUUCUAGAGAAAGGUUUCGAGGAGCCAGAGAACAUGGAAUGCGUGAGACGAGUUAGGCAAUUGAGUGAGCUCAAUUGGAGACAGUAUGCAGCAGAGGAGGUCACAGAGAUGCCAGGUCAUCUUCUUAAGUAUCCAGUUCAAGUUGAUAGAACUGGUAGUGUGAGCUCUCUUCCUGGAUGCGAGACAUUCCCAGAUCUCGGUGGAAAGAUCAUAGGAUCAUUCCUUUUGGUCCAAGAAAAUCUCACCAUCUGAAACUUGCCUUGUAGUGUCAAUCAUUUGUUCAUUAUUUCUUCCACUUCAAGAAAUCUAUCUGAGUGUGAUCUGAAUGAAAGUGUGUGCCUUUA